GGUGCCUCAAUGAACCUCCAGUGGUUGCUGAGAUUACUCCUCCCCUCUUAUGUUGAACCUAAUGAGAAAGAUUGUGAUUCGUGCAGAGAUUCUAUCAGUACACCUUCUGUCAUAGUGUCAUGGCAUCAUGGCACAGUUGCAUACCAUCAACACAUAAGAGAGGAUCCUUUUGUGAUGAGGGCAGCUGUCGUGAAGCGAUACUCAGCCUCGAUACUCCAAGGAUCCGGAGUAACGUGUUCGCACAUACGGAAUACUCGUCGUAUAAUCACAGAGUGUGUGUUGGUUCAUCACUCU